AUGGAUACAGAAAAAGAACCACUUAUAAGAAAACGUAGACACAUAUCCGGGCCAUUGGCAUCUCCUAUAUUGCAACGAGGACUACUUAAAGAUUGGAGGAGAAGAUUCUAUAAUGGUGUUGACGUCAGAAUUAGCAAAAUUAAAAAUGAAAAAUCUCUGAAAAUGAAAAGGAGACUCUGCAGGUAUUUGAAUUAUUGGGUUGAUGAGAGAAGGGAUUAUUUCACAACAACUUUAAGAAAACAAUUACUUUUAUUGGGAGAUAUUAAUAAACAUUGGGCAGAUACUCAUAAUAGUGUAGUUGAAAAAUUAAAAGCAUCCUUCAAUGAUUCAUGUAAAAGAAUAGAGAAUAAGAAUAAGAAAGAUGUAAGAGAUAAAAAAAAAGUUAUGGAAGAUUUUUGUGAAGAUAAAGAAGAACGUUUACAAGAAUUAAAUGAAAAUGUGACAGAAGAGAAAUGUAGAGAUUACAGUAAUUGGUUAAAUGAAAAUAAAAGCAAUUUUGAAAAAAAAAAAUGGAUUAAUGAACAAAUGAUAUUUGAUGAAAAUUUAGAAAUUUCUGAAAACUGUACACUAAAUAAUAUGAAUACAUUUGUUACUAGCUUAGAUUGUAUAAGAAUCAAUAAGAAAGAACACGAUUCUUGUGAUUCUGAAAUAUCAGAAAACUGUAAUCAAUCCCAACUUUUAACUCCUGAUAGUUCAUUUGGUAAUGCAUCUGAUCAUGCUUCAAUCGAAACUACUGCAUUAAAACCAAAUGCUACUACUAAUUUACCUACCACUACAAUAAACUCCACAACUACAACUGAAAUUAGAUCAAAUACUUCAAUUGAAUCUACUACCCCAACACCAGGAUCUACACAAAAGUUAACAUCAACUAUUGUGUCUAUACAUUCAGAUCCAAAUUUACCUAUACCUUUACCUCUAAAAGCAAGUGAAUCUGGAAUCUCCCAAAGAGAUGUGUCACCUACUACUCCAACACCAAGUUCUACUUCAAAGAUAGCAUCAACUUCUAUGCCUACACCUUCAGAUGAAGAUUUACCUAGAGCUUUACCUCUAAUAGCCGAUAAAACUAUGGAUGAACAAGUUAUAAAUGAUAUUAUUCCAACAUAUAGAAAUAAUGACAUAUCUCCAACUGUUAGCGAUUCAAGUGAAUCUUCAAUUUAUCCUACAUUUAGAUCUACAAAUACAAAUAUAUCUGGAAAUUCACAAACAGAAUCGCCUCCGACUACUCCAACAUCUGCACCUAGCAUUACUUUACCAUCUAUUGCCAAUCAAAAAAAUAUGCCUAUAACUAUUCAAGCACCUAAAACUAAUUCCACAUCAUCUUCUAACACCACUUUAAAUAAACCGUCAAUUUCUCCUAAAUCUGCAAACCUAAAUGAAACUCAACCAACAACUAUAUUUGAAGCUACUACAACAUCUGGAAAUACAUCCACACCUACAUCUACUACCAAAGCUGCAAAUAUAUCUACAAAUUUACCUAUAAGUGCGUACGCAAAUACAAAUACAUCUACAGAUUUAUUUACACUUACGCCUACAAAUUCAAGUAUUAAUUCCACAUUAAUUACUAAUAAAUCUACAUUAAAUUCAUCUGUGAAUACUUCUCUUACAAAUAUAAAUUAUUAUGUAAAUGGAAACCACUCUAAUGAUAAUAUACAAAAUAUUGCAUCUAAUAACACUCUAACUACUACUCCACUACCUAUCCAAAAUGCUACUAUAAAGGUAACAUCUAAUAACAUUCUAACUACUACUCCGAUACCUACCCAAAAUACUACUACAAAUGUAACAACUGAUAAUCCUAACACUCCCACAUGUACAGCAAAUAUCCCUGUGUUGAUUGCCCUUUCAUUGGGUGCAUCACUUUUAUUAAUUAUUUUCCUUUUCGUUAUUCUCUAUAAGCAUAGACCUAUUAGAUUUUUACCUGGUAAAGGAACAAAGAAAAAGAAAAAACAUACAAAAAAAAAAAAUCAGAAAGAAAAUUCAAUGAAUUUUAUAAUGAAGCCUUCAGAUAUUCCAUAUGAAUUACUAGAAAAUAAUAUGCAACUCAAUAAUUUAUGUAACAAAACAAAUAAUUCAUUAUGUAAAAUUGUUUUUGAAAAUGAAAUAGAUAAUACAUUUAUAGAAAAAUCAGGAGAAAACGAAAUUAAUAUAAAAACAAAAAGUGAUAUUGCUAUAAUAAGAGAAGAAUUAAAAUGGAAGAUUAUAAUAGAAACAUAUAUGAUAGUUAUAGACGAAUGUAAAAAGGAGGAAUGGAAAAAGAACAGGAAAGUAUUUUUUGAAAUUUGUUUGGAUGAAUUAAAAAAAGAAGGUAUAUAUUUAGAUAUAACAAUAGAAAAGGAGAAAAAGGAUAAUAUUACUAUUAUGCUAGAAAAUAAAAAACUUCUGUGGAAACUGUAUAAAAAAGGACAUAAAAAGAAUUUAGAAAAAUGGAAAAAUGAAAAAUGGUUUGAAAAUUUGAAGAGAGAAUGGAAAGAUGAGGAAGAUAACUAUUCUGAAAUAAUAAAAGAAGAAAAGAUAAUAAAAAGUACAGAAAAUGAUUUAAGUAAUCCUUCUAUGGAAAAACAAAAAAUAAUAUGGAGGAAUUGGGUAAAAAAACAUAUAACGUGGUUGCAUGAUUCUGAUGACCAAAGAUGGUUUAAUGAAUUAUUAGAAAAAUACAAAAUAGAAGAAGAAAUAAAAGAAAAUAUAGAAAGAGAAGGUAGUGAAGAAGGAAAUAUUAAAAUGGAAAGAGAAGAAAAAUCAGAUAAAGAUUCAAAGAAAAGCAAUUUAAAAUUGAAUUUAUGGAUUGAUAUACAUAUGAUGGUGUUAAAGGAAUGUAAAAUAGAGGAGAGGAUGAUAAUAAAAAAUGAAUUUCUUAAAACAUGCAUAGAAGAAUUGAAAAGAACGAUAAAUCCAGAAGAAAUGUUGGAAAUAGAAAAAGAAAUAAGAGAAGAUAUUACAUUAGAAAAUAAAAAAGAAGAAUUAGAAAAAUUAAUAAGAGAAAAUUGGUUUAUUGAAUUGAAAAUAGAUUGGAAUAAGAAAGAAAAAAAAUAUAUGGAAGAGUUAAGUAAAAAAAACUUACUAGAAAAUAAUGAAGAAAGAAUUAAAAAUUUUAUGAUUUAUGACCAAAAAAUUAUAUGGAAGAAAUAUUGGGAAGAAAUGAAUAUGAAAUGGAUAGAAAAUGAAAGCAUGGAAAAAUGGCUAAUAAAUUUGAUAGAAGAAAAUGAAGAUGAAAACAAAGUGAAAUUAAAAGAAAUAAAAGAAAUAAAAGAUAAGCAUGAAGAAUAUAAAGAAAAAACAAAUACGAGUAAAAAAGGACGUAAAGUAGAAGAAAAAAAAAUGAAGGACGAAGAAGUACAAAUAAAAAAUAAGAAAAAUUCUAUUACAUUAAAAAGAAAGCCAAAAUGGAAAACUAUGAAAGAAAUACAAAUGAUUAUAAUGGAAGAUUAUAAACAAAAGGAGUGGGAAUUGAAUAGAGAAAAUUUUUUGAAAAUUUGUUUGGAUGAAUGGAAAAGUGACGAAAGAUUAUAUGGAAAUAUAAUGGAAAAAAAUAGUACAAUGUAUAUAGAAGAAAGUAGUAUUAUUGUAUUAGAAAGACAAAAAAUGUUUUCCAGCAAAUUGAUAGAAAGACAUGA